AUGGGCGUCUCAGCCAGUCCCUACGCCACCGAGCUUCACGCCGCCGUUCUCUCCGGUCGUAUCCUGGCGGUCCGUAGAUUCAUCGAUCGCGGCGCGCGCGUAACGGCGCGCGACAAGAUCGAUCGCACCCCUCUGCACUGGGCUGUCGCCGUAGGCCUCGAAGACAUCGCCAAGAUCCUCCUUAUCAGCACUCCCCCGCGCUCGCUAAAAGCCGGCGAUAAGUACGGCCGCACCGUCCUUCACUACGCCGCAGCGUCGGGAAACGUUUCCCUUGCCCGCGUGAUGAUCAACCGUGGCGCGUUGGUGAACGCGGAAGAUCAACGGCUAGUAACGCCGCUCCAUCUGGCGGCGGAGCAGGUGAAUCCGGAGAUGGUGCAGCUCCUGAUGGGCCACGGCGCGCUGUGCGGGGCGGCGGACGCGGAAGGGCGGACUCCGCGGGAUUACGCGGAGCGAGUGGGCAGCGCACACUGCGCGCGUCUGUUGCGCGAGGCGGAGGAACGGACGGUGGAUCGGUCGGCUGCGACUGCAGCGGCGGUGGUAUCGACGAGCGCAUAUCCCGACGCGCACCCCGUGAAGGCAGGUGAUCAGUCGAAGGAAAAUGCAGGGGUCCCAUGGGAGGGUGAGGCGCGUGCAUCGUUAACAUCAUCACACGAGGUCUCGGCUGCUGCAGCACGGCCCGCCGGUUCCAAUGCUCCCUCGCAGCUUCGGGUUCCGAUGGCGAACCUGGCGAACGUCCCUGCAGCAGAUACGGCGACGAGGGGCAGUCGGAUGGGAGCAGACCCGCUGAAAGCAGCAGCACGGGAAGGGGUAGCGGAGGAGAGGCCAGUGGCUGCAGGGGAGAGCUCUUCCGAGGCUAGUUUCCGCGAUUCUGUGCCUGCAUGUGCUGGGAGGUUGGGUGCAGGGGAGGUGGGAUUUAGCAGGAGCGGUUUCGGAGGCAUGCGGUGUGGGGAGAAGCCGAGCUCGGGCUGGGACGAAGGCUGGGGUGUGCUGGGGCUGCUCGGAGCGUUUUGA